AUGGCAACUCAACUUCGGCCACAAGUUUACCUUGGAUCCAAGGCACCAAACUUUCAAGUCCAAACCUCCCAGGGUCCUAUAGACUUCUACGAAUACAUCGGCGACUCAUGGUGUAUGUUCUUUUCCCACCCAGCAGAUUUCACGCCAAUUUGCACCACCGAGAUAGGUGCUCUGGCCUCGUUAUCCUCAGAAUUCGCAUCUAGGGGCUGCAAACUGCUGGGCCUAUCCACCAACAACAAAGCUACGCAUCUGAAAUGGCUCAGAGAUAUAGAAAGAAUUACAGGCUCUAAAGUCGAUUUCCCCCUUAUUUGCGACCUCGACCGCAGAAUAGGCAUGAUGUUCGGAAUGAUCGAUCUACACUCCUUUGAUUCAGAGGGUAAGCCAACCCCAUUUCGAUCCGUCUUCAUAAUAGACCCCAAGAAAAUCGUCAGGUUGGUACAGAUAUACCCUCUAUCUACAGGUAGAAACACCGCUGAAAUGCUCCGCUGUCUUGACUCCCUCCAACUAGUCGACAGAACAGACCACCAUUUCAUAACCCCUGUAAACUGGAUUCCGGGAGAUGAUGUCGUCCUGGCACCUGAAAUUGACCACAUAACAGCUGAAGAAAAGUUUCCUCGACACAGAACUAUCCGUGAAUACCUUAAGUUUGCCCCUAUCGACCCGGACACACUCCAGAGCCAUUGA